AUUUUUCAUAUCAUGAAUAAAGUCGGUAUCAACUGUUACCCACCAACAGAACUUUAAAAUCAAGCCUUUAUAUUUUAGCUCAAGCUUUCUUUGCAUGGCUUGGUAAAAAUUCACUCUUCUUCUACAAAUGCCGCCAACCGGCAAGACCCGUUUCAGCAUUCUCUCAUGGCGGCUCCACCGUGGGUUCAAGAGCUCCAUAUUCCUCCCAUGGACAUCCCCGUCACCAUUGACAGCAUGGUCCCAAUCAUGCCAGCAGGCCCUAUACCGACCACCCACGGCGACUACCUUUACCUCUCUAACCUGGAUGAUGUGAUCGGAGCCCGUGUCUUCACUCCAACGGUCUACUUUUACCAGUUGGACAGCUUCAACUCCGGCGAUAAGCCAGUCAUGGAAGUGCUUCGAGAAGCACUUUCCCUUGUCUUGAUUCCUUAUUACCCUUUAUCAGGCAGGCUCAGAGAAACCAAAAAUGGGAAGGUGGAAGUGUUCUUCGGACCAGAACAAGGAGCUCUAAUGGUAGAAGCUCACUCUGAAAUAACAUUGACCAGUUUGGGAGACAUUACUGUUCCAAACCCAGCAUGGGAGCCAUUGAUCUACAAGUUUCCAAAUGAAGAGCCGUACAGAGUACUUGACAUGCCAUUGCUCAUAGCCCAAGUGACUUUGUUUAAGUGUGGAGGCUUCAGCCUGGGCUUGAGGCUCUGCCACUGCAUCUGCGACGGCCUAGGCGCUAUGCAAUUCCUCAGCUCCUGGGCCGCCACAGCCAAAUCAGGCAGGCUAAUAGCGAACCCAGAGCCGUGUUGGGAAAGAGAAUUCUUCAGGCCACGCGACCCACCAAUUGUGAAAUUCCCCCAUCUCGAAUUCAUGAAAAUCGACGAUGGCUCGAGCUUGACGAUGACCCUCUGGCAAUCGAAACCUGUUCAAAGAUGUUACCGAGUCAGCCGCGAGUUCCAACUCUGGCUGAAAACCCGCGCCCAGCCGGACGAUAUGCCGGCUUGCUCCACCUUCGACGCCAUGGCGGCUCAUGUCUGGAGGUCUUGGGUAAAAGCCCUGGAUGUAAAGCCAGUGGAUUACACGCUCCGACUAACAUUUUCAGUAAAUUCCCGGCAGAAACUCAAAAACCCGCCAUUGAAAGAAGGGUUUUACGGAAAUGUGCUGUGCCUGGCGUGCGUGACGAGCACCGUAUCGGAGCUGGUCCAGAACCGUCUCUCGCGGACGACUCGAUUGGUCCGGGAAGCGAGGAACGGCGUGUCGGAGGAGUACGUGAAAUCGACGGUGGAUUACAUUGAAGUGGACCGGCCGAGGAGAUUGGAAUUUGGGGGGAAAUUGACGAUCACGCAGUGGACUAGGUUUUCGAUCUAUGAAUCUGCGGAUUUCGGGUGGGGACGGCCGGUGUAUGCGGGUCCGAUUGAUCUGUCUCCGACGCCGCAGGUCUGCGUUUUCCUGCCGGGAGGAGCGACCGGAUCCAACGGCUCAAUGCUGCUCUGCAUUUGCCUGCCGGAAAAUGCUACCCAUAAAUUCACACAGUUCUUGUGUACGAUUAAUUAAAACCUAAUGGUUCCCGGGACAUGCACGUGAAAAGCACGUGUCUGUGUUGUUAUUAAUUAAUUUCCUCUGCUGUUUUCCUGAUUA